CUUUUCCCCUUUCUUCACCAUUGCGGAUUUGCGCUUAUCAACUUCAUCUCCAUGGAAAAUAAUCAUCAACAACAUUAAUUUACACAAUUCCGAUCAACUUGGUGGCCGCCGGCGACAAUUUCCGACGACCCCAUCUCCUAUUUCCACCUACCGGCCAUGCCCCGUCGGAAAAAUCCGGAUACAAAUGGAUCAAGAUCCGUAGUUUUUCGACAAUCGGAGAUUGACCCACCUCGUUAUAGGGGUGUACGUAAACGGCCAUGGGGUCGAUUCUCUGCUGAGAUAAGGGAUCCGGUGAAAAAAGCUCGGAAAUGGCUGGGUACAUUUGAUACAGCGGAGGGUGCUGCACGAGCUUAUGAUACUGCUGCAAGGUCCUUUCAUGGAGCUAAAGCGAAAACUAAUUUCCCAAUAUUGCCUCCUUAUGGGGAGAAUCAAUUUGAAAAUCUUCAACAAUCAAGGCCGGCGUCGAGUAGUAUGAGUAGUACGGUGGAAUCAUCGAGUGAUGCGCGUGCAUUGUGUAAAAUUAUGCAACCGCGGAUUGAAAUUCCUCGCCGGAUUCCGAUGGGGGAAGGCCAUAGUGAUUGUGAUUCGUCGUCUUCUGUGGUGGAUGGUAAUUGCAUUGGCGGCGGCGAUGAUCAGACGUCGUCGUUUUGUAAAGAUCCUCUGCCGUUUGAUUUGAACUUUCCACCUCCAUCUGAUGAUUUUCAUAUCAUUGCCCCUUUGUGUUUCUAGUUAAUUUUUGAUGAUUAUGAUUGAAAAAAAGAACUUUUUUUUCUAUGUUUUUCGUUUAAUUCUGAUUUUUUUUCUUGUUUAAAAUGUAUCCAUUUGCUGAAUGAUGAUAACCAAAUGUGUUUUUAAGUUAUGCAUAACUUUGUGUAGUUUUUUCGUUGAGCUGAAGGUCUAUCGGAAACAGUCUAGGGGUAUAGUCUACGUACACUUUACCCUCCUCAGGCCUUACAUUGGGUGUUCGUUGUUGUUGUUGUUGCAUAGAUUAGUGUGCUCUGUCAUGAUGCAAUCUGUAUCAGAAAAGAUUGUAUCUUUACUAUUGAACACAGGAUCUGAUUAU